UUUAUGAUCGUUGUCACAGAGCAGGACUGUCUGUCAAUGGAAAUGGGUGGGUUCCCUAAAUGGAAACUUGGAGUCCCACCCACACUACUUAAAUACACUCAAUACUGCGACUGUCUAAAGAAAUACGUCCACCAGGAAGAGACUGAUAAACGCUAGAAACAAUGAGCUACCCCGGAUACCCCCCUCAGACAGGCGGAUACCCACCUCAGCCUGGGGCUUACCCUCCACAACCAGGUGCUUACCCACCCCAGCCUGGAGCUUACCCUCCCCAAGCAGGAGGAGGCUACCCACCACAGCCAAGCGGCUACCCUCCUCAACCUGGCGGCUAUCCACCACAGGCUGGAGGUUAUCCACCACAAGCAGGAGGAUAUCCUCCACAGGCUGGAGGCUAUCCACCACAAGCAGGAGGCUACCCACAGGCACCACCUCAAGGCAGCUGGGGAGGUGGCCCUGCUGGUGGAUAUCCCUCCAUUGGUCUUGACAAUUUAUCUAACCCUGGAUAUGGUGGCAUGGCCAGCCAGACCUCUGCAGGCAUGGGGGGUUUUACUCCAAACCCGUCAAUGUUCGCCCAAGCCCCUGGGGGGUAUCCACCUGCCCCUCAACAAGGCGGGUAUGGUGCCCCCUUCCCUAACCAACAGUCAUAUGGCCUGUACCCACAGCCAGGAGGGACCAUGCCCCAACAGCAAGCUCCAGCGAUGGGCUACCCUGGUCAGCCUGGCCAGCCAAUGCCUGGUUACCCGCGUGCACCAUCACCCAACCCAUCUAUGCCUGGUUACGGAGGAGCACCAGCACCUAUGCCAGGGUACCCAAAGGUCCCAUCACCAAAUCCGUCCAUGCCAGCCUAUGGAGGAGGAGGAGCCAUGCCGAUAGCUCCCCCUGUCAAUAGAGGAUUCAGGGGGACAAUCAAGGACUAUCCUGGAGCUGACCCACUCAAAGAUGUGGAGGUCCUGAGGAAGGCCAUGAAGGGUUUUGGAACUGAUGAGCAAGCCAUUAUCGACUUGCUGGGGAGUCGCUCCAACAAGCAGCGUGUACCUAUGCUCAGGACUUUCAAAACCGCCUAUGGAAAGGAUCUGAUAAAGGACCUGCAUUCAGAACUGUCUGGAGACUUCAGGAAGCUGGUCAUGGCCAUGAUGAAGACCCCAGCUGAGUUUGAUGCCUAUGAACUCAACAGUGCCAUAAAGGGAGCUGGAACUGAUGAGGCCUGCCUGAUAGAGAUCCUGUCUUCCCGCUCCAACGCUGAAAUCAAGGAGAUAAACCGGAUUUACAAACAUGCGUACAAGAAGUCACUGGAGGAUGCAAUUAGCGGAGAUACCUCAGGCCACUUCCGCAGGCUCCUGAUCUCUCUCUCUCAGGGUAAUCGGGACGAACGUGAAACUGUUGACAUCUCCCUGGCUAAACAAGAUGCUCAGGCCUUGUAUGCUGCUGGAGAAAACAAACUGGGAACAGAUGAGUCCAAAUUCAAUGCCAUUUUAUGCGCCAGGAGCAAACCCCAUCUCAGAGCAGUGUUUCUUGAGUACCAGCAGAUGUGUGGCAGGGAUAUUGAGAAGAGCAUCGGCAGGGAGAUGUCUGGGGACCUUGAGAGUGGCAUGCUGGCAGUGGUGAAGUGCAUUAAAAACACACCUGCCUACUUUGCUGAGAGACUUUACAAGGCCAUGAGGGGAGCUGGGACCAAAGACAGAACCCUGAUCCGGAUAAUGGUCUCCCGUUCAGAAGUCGACAUGCUGGAUAUUCGCCAGGAGUAUGUGAAGAACUAUGGCAAGUCGCUCUACACGCACAUCUCUGGAGACACAUCAGGAGACUACAAGAAACUCCUAUUGAAGCUCUGUGGGAGCAGUGACUGAAAACGAGACAGCCACUACAAUAGAGAUUUCUAUAAGUAUCAUUUUUCUGCCUUAUCUUUAUGCACUAUACACAAACUGCAAACCUGCAUGCCAUGCCAAUGCUUUCAAUGCAAUGUUUACUGAGUUAUAAGAACCUCCUACAUAUUGCUACAUGUUACUUUUAUAUACACAGUGUCACCAAAAGGUUUUAUAUUUUUUCACUUGUGAUAUCUUUGCUGGAUAUAUGAGUCGAAUAUACAUGGCCAGACAAUGGAUUUGUAAGAGCUUACGUUACAAUUUUAAGAGCUAUAUAUUUUCUAAGAUUUUUUUAUUUCAAUUGUGCCAAUACGAUUAGAUAUCAAAUGAUAUCUAAUGCAUUUAUUAGCAUCUUUUCUGAUUAUCAGCAAUUCUGAAGAAAGUAUGAGACACAGAGUCGAUAGCAGCUAUGUACCAAAGUAAAAAAUAAUGUUUGCAAUUGUAUAAUCUCUUCUGUUUUUUAUAUUUCUUGUUCAGCAUAGUUGUGCUGUGUUUGAAGCAAAUGCUUUAAAUGUCUAGUAUGUGAUUCUAACCCAAAACCCACGGAAUAUGAACUGGAUGUCCAUUCUGUGAGUGUGCUAAAAAAAAAAAAAUCAAGUGUUCAUACACAACCCUGGCUCUGGAAACUAAAAAAAGCAUAUCAGACUGAUUAACACCACACUAUUCCAGCAUGUAAGUUUGUGCACUUUCAUGCUCAUACACAGGACAGGGGUAAACGCAGAGGGAGGGGAGUUGGCAGGCUUCAACUUUAGUUUGUUUAUCGUAUACCUGUCAUUGUAGCAUGUAAAACCCAGCAUUACAUUUCAUGAAUUGUGAUCUUGUAUUCAUGAGUCUCAGAAAAUAAACACUGAGAAUGUA